AUGAAAAAUUUUGUACCACUCUGUCAAAGUUUCGAGUGCUUCUAUACACGUAAUCUCUAUAAACGUCUUCGUGAUGUAUUCAAUCAACCCAUUGCAAGUAUAGCUGGACCUAUAGUCAAUGUAAUGGAACCUGUUACAGAUGAUUACAAUUGGACAUUCAGAUUUACUGGCAGAAAUAUACCGGCCAUCAAUUUGGGAUCAUACAAUUAUUUAGGUUUUGCCGAAAGUAAUGGUCCAUGUGCAGAAGCAGGUAUAAGAUCAAUUGAACAGUAUGGUAUUACGACAUGUAGUACUCGUCAUGAAUUAGGAAACCAACAGUAUAUGAUUACUCUAGAAAAAAUGGUGGCAGAUUAUCUAGGCGUUGAAGAUUGUAUUACUUUUGGUAUGGGCUUUGCUACAAUUGCAUUGAACAUUCCAGCAAUAAUGGGCAAAGGUGAUCUUAUACUAAGUGACAAACUUAAUCAUGUUUCAAUUAUUCUUGGUUCUCGUCUAUCUGGUGCACAUAUUCUCAGAUUCAAUCAUAAUGACAUGCAAGAUUUAGAAUAUCAAUUACGUGACGCCAUUGUUCAUGGUCAACCAAGAAGAUUUCGGCCAUGGAAAAGAAUUGUGAUCAUUGUCGAAGGUAUCUACAGUAUGGAAGGUUCAUUGUGUAAAUUACCUGAAAUAGUUGCCCUCAAGAAAAAAUACAAAGCAUAUUUGUAUAUUGAUGAAGCUCAUUCAAUUGGUACUAUUGGUUCACAUGGUCGUGGUGUUGUCGAUUAUUGCAAUGUUGAUCCGAAGGACAUUGGUAUACAUAUGGGUACAUUUACAAAAAGUUUCGGUUCUGCUGGAGGUUAUAUUGCUGGUAAAAAGUCUUUGAUCGAUUAUAUUCGAGUUCAUUCGCACUCUGCAUGUUAUUCAUCGAGCAUGUCGGCACCUAUUGUCUAUCAAAUUAUCAGUGCUCUGAACAUUAUUACAGGUCGAGAUGGAACUGAUAAUGGUCAAAAACGUAUUCAACAAUUAGCUUGUAAUGUUCAUUAUUUUCGUCGUCAACUUAUCGAUAUGGGCUUUGUUGUAUAUGGAAAUAAAGAUUCGGCAGUGGUGGCAGUAAUGCUCUUCCUACCGAUUAGAAUUGCAGCUGUCAACCGAGAAAUGUUGAAACGUGGAUGUGCUGUAGUAACUGUAGGCUUUCCGGCUACUAAGAUUAACGAACCACGUAUACGAUUUUGUCUAUCAGCCAGUCAUACCAAAGAAAUGCUUGAUCAUACUUUCAGAGCUUUCGAUGAAGUGGGCUAUAUGACUGGACUUCAAUGUUCAAAACGAAAACCACUACAUCGUUUAGUUGAUCUCAAUCCUGAAGAUUACCUCGAAGAUUAA